AUGGCCACGGCGCUGCCCCCCACGCCGGCCGGCGGGAGCCGCUCCGCCGAGUCCCCGCUGAGCCCGGCGCGGCUGAGCCGGCUGCAGGAGAAGGAGGAGCUGCGGCAGCUCAAUGACCGCCUGGCCGUCUACAUCGAGCGGGUGCGGGCGCUGGAGGCCGACAAGUCGGCGCUGCAGCAGCGGCUGAGCGAGCACCAGGCGGGCAGUGACCGGGAGCUGGGCUGCCUGCGGCUCCGCUACGAGGCGGAGCUGGCCGACGCCCGCCGGGCGCUGGACGACAUCGCCAUCGAGCGGGCCACGCUGCAGGUGGAGCUGGGCAAGAUUGGCGAGGAGCACCGCCAACUGCAUGUCAGGAAUUCCAAAAAAGAAAGUGAUUUAAACCUGGCCCAGGCUCGUGUGAGAGACCUUGAUGCCCAGCUAAAUGCGAAGGAAGCUGAUUUAGCAACAGCCCUGAAUGAGAACCGGACUCUGGAGACUGAGCUCCGUGAAUUAAAGGAUCAAGUACUCAGUCUGAAUCUGUCACUGGAGGAUACUAAAAAGCAUCUUCACAGUGAAAUGUUGAGGAGGGUGGACCUAGAAAACCAUAUGAAAACUUUGCAGGAAGAAAUGACAUUCCAGAAGCGCCUUCAUGAAGACGAGCUCAAGGAGACAAAAAGAGUCCAUGAGAGCAGGAUAGCAGAAGUAGAAUCUGGCCGUCAAAGAGAAUUUGAGAGUAAGCUCUCAGAUGCUCUGCAGGGGCUCAGAAAACAGCACGAAGAACAAAUUCAAGGUUACAAAGAAGAGAUGGAGCGAACAUUCAAUGCGAAGGUGGAGAAUGCCCAGCUAACUGCAGCAAGAAACAGUGAAUUUGCCAAUGCUGCUCGGGAGGAGCUGAUGGAAACACAGAAGAGAGUUGAUACCCUGGUAUCUCAAGUUAAUCAAUAUCAAAGCCAGAAUGCUGCUUUGGAGAGCAGAAUAAAGGAGCUACAGAAUUUGCUGGAUUAUGAUCGUGAUCUCCAUCGAAGGCGUAUGGCUGAAAAGGAGGAAGAAAUGGCACAAGCUCAGAAGCAGGCACAAAUACAGCUGGAAGAGUAUGCACAUCUCUUGGAUGUGAAACUGGCUCUGGAUUUGGAAAUAAAUGCGUACAGAAAGAUGUUGGAAGGAGAGGAACAGAGGUUAAAGCUGUCACCCAGUCCAUCUUCACACAGCACAGCAACUCAAGCAGCAAGUCAGGGCCGAAGAUUCCUGCAUGGGAAGAAAAGAAAAAUCAAAGAAACCAAAAAGAGGGAGCAUAGUGCUGCAUUUAAGACUGUUCAGCAUGUUUCAGCUUCUGGAAAUAUAUCUAUUGAAGAGAUCGAUGCAGAUGGGAAAUUUGUCAGGCUUAAAAACCACUCUGAUGAGGAUCAACCUCUGCAUGGCUGGGUGUUGAGACGACGUAUUGGAAGUGUGGCAGAUGUUAAUUACAAGUUUCCUUCACGGUUCACUCUUCAGGCAGGCCAAGAAGUUACAAUCUGGGGUGCAGCUGCUGGUGUAAGCCCAGGUCCUAGUGAUCUGGUCUGGAAGUCUCAGAAGUCUUGGGGAACUGGGGAUAAUAUUGGUGUUACACUCAUCACAGAUGAUGGUGAGGAACUCGCAGAGAGGAAGAUAAUACUUGUACCCAGAGGAGAAGAAAGUGAGCAAGAUGAUGAUUAUGAAGAAAUAACUGGAAGUGAAGCAGAGUUUCCAUCUCAGCAAAAUGAAGAUCCCAGCUGUUCUGUCAUGUAAUGCAGACAAUCACCUGAAAACACAUCUCAGUCCCAGGUGACAUAGACUGUGUGUUGGUAUCUUCACUAAUAUCUGGACUUGGAAAUUCACAUAUUCCAUCUGAUGUCUUUGUGAGAAGCAUUGUCCAUAACAUGAUGGAAUUUCCUGCCUUCUGAUACUGGACCCUGGCCUUGGAUUCACUGAUACAAAGAGCAGAAUACAAGCUCCAUGUGAAGUUAUUUUUACUUUUACACAAGGAUCUGGUUUCUGUGAUCUGCUGGAAUAGGGAAGGGUACAGAGUUUACAAAGCUUCUAAACAUGUGCCCUAGAAGGAUGUUAAAUACUUGACAAUGAACAUGAGUCUGCCUCAGCUUUCUCAGUAUUCUGAUAUGGUGUUCUCCAAAGGUAAUUUCUCUUUCCAGCCUGAGUGGGAAAUAUGGGAUUGAUCACACCCUUGCACCUUGAGCAGGUCUGAAGUAAAACAUGUCCUGAAGAGUGAUGAGUGUCUGAAAUGUUUCCUGCUCAGAUCCUGAUGCAGAAAUACAUGAAAGUGGUCUGGAUCACUUCCUAUAGUGAAUCAUUUUAGAAUUAAAAGCAAGUUGUAAAAAAUAUUCCUGCCUGUUACUAAAUGUACUGUUUCUAUAGUCUAGCACCUGGAAGUCCCUGUUUCAGUGUUGUAUAUUCUUAGAUACAGUGUAUCACAGCAGAGCUGUGCCUGCCUUAACUGGGAAAAAUGUAUCCUGGAAAUGUGAAAAAGCAUCUCAUUCUGACAGAGCAGGUACUGUGACCAGUGCUGCUGGCACUGUUUAAUUGCUCCCAACAGCUUCCUAAGGGGCUAGAGAGAAAAAUAUGCUAAGUCAAAAAUCAAAACUAGAAAGCCCCAACUGUAGUAAAAAACACAUCAAACUUACUGCUCUUGAGCCCUUAUGUGCUAAAUCUCCAUGCAGGCUGCAGCUGUGUGUGUCUAAUGGGACAGCUAGGGGAAAACUGGUUAUGUGCAGUGUGCAGCUCCCUGUCACUCUGGUAGCUCAGUGCUCCAUGGCAAACCUGUCCUGUAACCCUCAGGAGGGGACAGUCAGCCUCGGGGGCACUGCAGUCACUGUCUCUCCACCAAACUGCUGCCCUGGGGGGAAAGGAAGGGCUUUGAGCCACGUGAAGUAAACUUCCACCUGAGAGCAGGAGGGGAGGGAAGCAGCUGAGCCUGCAGGUUUCUCUCAAUGCUGGAACAGUGUUUUGACUGUCUUUUAACUUGCCAAAGUGUUCAGUUCCAAAUUCAAGACCUGCUUUGUGUUAGGAUGCAGGUGUUAAGGUGAGGUUUUCCUUAUGCUAGCUUAAACUCUUACAUUAUUUAAAAAUUAAAAUUUUGAGACAUCAAGAGUAGGUGCUAGUUUAAGACUUGGAUUGUAGCAGAUCCAAAUUCUUGUUCCACCUCAAACAAUAGAAAUAGUUGCUGCUCUAACUUUGCUGUAUUUAUCUUCAUUUCUUAAAACUUUUUUAACUGUUACAGAUAUUUUUCAUGUAUAUAAAAGCACUCUUGGAUUUAAA